UCACUCAUUAAUCCAUUUCACUCUCACUCAUGGUUAUCUCAAGGCAUCAUCUCUGUUUGAGUAGAGAAUGAGUGAAGAAGAUGCCUUCUCAUCAUCAUCUAACCCCUCAAAUCGCCCUCCACUGCGAUGAGGAGGAAUACUAUUGGGACUCCGAUAACAAUCACACCAUCUCUAAUUACUAUAAUACCCCUCACUUUAACUACGACGACGACGACGAGCUCGCCUCUCUACUGCGCAAAGAGCAGGACCACCAACCGCUCGUCAAAAUCCCGGCUACGGCGAGAGCCGAGGCGGUUGGCUGGAUCCUUAAAGUUGUUCGCUACUAUUCCUUCUCCGCGCUCACUGCGGUGCUUGCGGUUAACUACUUCGAUCGAUUUCAAAAUAGCUCUGAAUCUCGUGUAGAGAAGCCAUGGAUGGCGCAAUUGACUGCUGUUGCCUGCAUUUCCUUGGCUGCCAAAGUGGAGGAGACUCACGUUCCCCUGCUCCUCGAUCUCCAAGUGGUGGAAGAGACCGAUUACGUUUUCGAAUCGAAAACGAUUCAGAGGAUGGAGAUUUUAGUCCUUUCCACUCUCGAUUGGAAGAUGAAUCCGGUUACUCCAGUUUCGUUUCUCGACUGCAUCGCCAGAAAGUUAGGGCUCUUCAGCGAGAUCUGCAGACACUUUCUUAGGAGAUGUCAUUGCCUUCUUCUCUCUCUACUUUCUGACUGUAGAUUCAUGAGCUAUCCGCCGUCUGCAUUGGCGACCGCCACAAUGCUGUAUGUAAUCAGCAGCGUCGAGCCAACAAUCGGCGUCGAUUAUCACGAUCAGCUCAUCGGAAUUCUCGGAAUCGACAAGGAUAAGGUGGAGAGUUGUUGUAAGCUGAUCGAGGAGGUGGCCACCGGCGACGGCUAUUUAUACUCGUGUAACAAGAGGAAGCUCCCCGGCAGCCCCAAAGGGGUGGUGGACGUCUACUUCAGCUCCGACGAUUCCUCCGCCGCCUCGUCGCCGGAGCACCUCACGAAGAAAUUCAAGUCCUCAUAAUUAAUUAACUAAUGCAUUUUUUCCUCUCUUCAUUUAUGUCCCUUUUUAUUUAUCUAUUUUUAAAUCUCUGUGUAGAAUAACAUUUUCUACCAAAUCUCUGAAUGCAUUUCCAGCAAAAUGACCAACUUCAUUUGUAA